CAUUACUAAAUAAUUGAUUGACGACAUGGUAACUUAGACGAACUUGAAAAUAAAUCUUAUUUCAUUUCUAUAAAGACGUGUUCACACUUCGGAGCAGUAAGAUGGAAUUAAUUCAAUUAUUUAUUUUUAUCGGUGGGAUUUUCCUCUCUAGCUGCAAUAAUGCUACAAUUGAAGGAGAUGAUACAAAGAUGAAAAUGGCACAAGGAGAAAAAAAAUUAGGUGACCAUAUUCGAUUAAUACUCAAGCAUUAUCAGCAACCGGAUCCUAUCGGAAUCCCGGGUGCCCCUAUAUCUGAUCCAAUGACAGUUCCAGAUAUGAAACAUUCGUUUUCGAUGUAUACUAUGGAUUUGAAAUCCAUCAAAAUAUAUGGUCUCUCGAAAUUUCGGAUUGAACACGUACAUUCCGAAUUAGCAUUAAUGCAGGUUUCAGCUACUUUGAGUAUUGAAACGGUUGAUGUUCGAGGAGUUUACACACUUUCUUCCUGGCUGCCAGGAUCAUCAUCUGGCGAUUUCACUGUUAAAUUAACCGGAGUAAAUGUUCAGGCCCUCGCAAAACUUCAAGUUCGAACAGAUGGAAAACUUAAUGCCCAGGAUAUUGAUAUGGAUUUAACAUUUUCAAAGAUUGAUCUAGAUUUUAAGAAUCUUGGCUUUUUGGGAUCAGUGUUUCAAAGUGUUGUUAAUUCUCUAGGAGUUUUUAUUUUCGAUAGCAUUAAACCAUUCAUUCUUAAGGAAGUUAAUACAAAUAUAAGAGGUGAAGUAAAUAAACAGAUAUCUCAGUUGCCGCAGUACUUUCCAAACUCUAUUUCGCCUUUUGACAUGGCAGUUGCCGAGGCUCGCAAACAAGUUUCUGAUAUGGGAUAUGACCCGUAUAGAAUUAAGGAUUACUCUCAGAGUGUUGGAAUUUUUACUGUUAUCUCAAGCCAUACCUGGCUGACUGGGCUUGCGAGUUUUUAUCGUAUGGGUAACAUUACACUCACUAUGGAAAAUGGAACGGUUUAUGCAAUGAUUGAUGUGGGCACACAAGAAAUCGAAGGUAAAACUCACUGGGAAAUGGGUUUGAUCGGGGGUUAUCUCUCUAGGGGUGGAACAGUUUCAUUUACGGUUCAGUAUUUACGAGUGCAAAUAAAAUUAAGCCAACCUGUGGAUACCCGGAAACGUGCAUCUCUAGAAGAGCUUAAUAUUGAGCUUGGUAAUAUUCAAACAAGAAUACACGGUGCGGGUACAGUAGAUUAUAUUAUAGAAGCUGGAAUAAAUAUAUUACCUAAUUUAUUACGAUAUCAAAUCAUGGAUGCCAUGGAGGGACCUAUCAAGAGACGGCUUCAAGAUGAACUUGAUAAGGUGGAUGUAGAAAAACUGAUUAAUGAAAAAAUUCCGGAAAUUGAAGAAAAAAUAGAUUUUAUUCGAGAAAUGACUCUGUCGGAAGAUACUGUCCUUGAAAAAUCGCCACCACCUUCGCUUGUAGAUGAAGAGUCAUUUAAUGAAAGUGAAGAAGAAAGUGAUUUUUAAUAAAAAUCUUUAUUAAGAUAAUUUUUUCAGUUAAGUUGUCAUAAAAUCGUAAUAUCCAUCAUAUUUUAGGUUUUUUGAGUGCUAAGAUAUCGAUGAAUCGUUAUCGUUAAUUAAAACUUUAUGAAAAUAUCGAUUAUAGUGUGUUUUUUCAUACAAAAGUAUGAAAAUUAAAAGAAAAAGAAAAGAAACCAGGGAAAAAAUUUGAUUUAUUUAUUUCGCAACAUUAAUUUAUGAAUUUCAGCGAGAAGUUUAAAAAAUUGUAUGCAAUAAAAAGUCAUACCUCGAAUUGUUCCAAGUGAAUCGACACUGAAGACAGCUUACAACCAUCGGCUUCGUAUCUCUGAAUACAUCUAGUACUUAUUUAUAUCAUUACUAUCAGAAAAAUUUUACAAGAAAUAAAUAGUUGAUAUAAACGGUUACAUAUUAUAUAAAAAAUUAUAUCUGU